GUUUCCAUUAUAUUCUAAUUGUAUAGUAUCUGCUAUUGGAUAAUAGAAGGUUGGUGUCUUUUGGUCGUUUUGUUAUUGAUGGUAGUGAAGCAACCCUUUUGUUUGUACGAAUUGACUCUAUAUGAAAGCAAUACUAAAUGUGCAAAAACACCUCUGGUUGAACUUCGAAAACGGCAGAUUGCAACUAAUAUUGAAAUGACUACUUUCUUGCCGUCCUCUUCAUCAACAAUCAAGAUAUCAGGAUGUGAACCAGAAAUGGAACAAACUCUCGAGGAUGCACCCAAUAUGCAAGCAAAAGGCCGUCCAGCAGUCGCAACCGAAACUACUUUUAUCUGUGAAGAAUUUGAUGAUUGGACGCUUCCUUAUGUUAUUGCAAGAAAAGUAUUGUGGUUGAAAGCUUUCUAUGUUGGUACUCUUUUAUACAAACAAUCU